AUGGUGGAUUUAUCAAGGGCUAAAGUCGCCAGUCAGAGCUCAAUUUACCCUUGUCUAGAUGACGCCUGUAACAAAUUUUAUAUAGCAUCAAAUGCAGUUGAUCGAGACUUGUCCACCUGUACAAGAAACAUGUACAUUGGAGAAAAUUCAAUCACAAACACUGUAUGGUGGAGAGUAGAUCUCGGAAAAAUUUUCAGCAUUUACAGCAUCAAUGUUGUCUUCAAGAAUUAUGGUGGUUAUGAAAUGCGACAAAGGGGCCGUUUUGCGGGGUUUUCUCUUUAUUUAUCGAAUUCUAGCCUCCGAAUAAUUGACUUCCUGUGUUACGAGGAUGGGAAAGAAUUGCCACCAUUAAACUUUACGACGCCAUGUAUCGGAUACGGACGAUACGUAACAUUUUAUAAUCAACGAUCGGAUAAAAUCAAAUAUCCUGACGGAUACGAACGUAGAACCAUCAUUGAAUUGUGCGAAGUUAUAGUAAAUGGUUGUAGUGAAGCUGGUGUAUAUGGAGAAAACUGUAAUGUAGCAUGUCCGAAGAACUGUCAGGAACAGAGGUGUGACAUCGUCAAUGGAACUUGUCUUGGGUGUUUACCUGGAUGGAGCGGGCGAUUUUGUGAAAACAUUUGCCAAGGUGGGUGGUAUGGUUUUGAAUGUAAAUUAAGGUGCUUUGGGCACUGCAGAAACAACGCUUUUUGCAACCACGUGACUGGUCAAUGUGACAAUGGAUGUGCUGAUGGAUGGAAAGGAUUAUAUUGUAAUAAACAGUGUAAAGAUGGAUACUAUGGCUUGGAUUGUAAAUUCAAGUGCAGUGGUCACUGCCAGAAUAACGGUCCCUGUAACAAACAAACUGGACAUUGUGAUAAAGGUUGUGAAGUAGGAUACACUAAUCUCUUAUGUAACAGCGUGUGUAAAGGAGGAUAUUAUGGUAGAAAUUGUUCUCAGAAAUGUUCUUCAAAAUGCAUCGACACAUGUCAACACACUGACGGCUCUUGUACUUGUUCCUAUGGUUGGAUGGGCAUUAACUGUAACCAAGAAUGUCCAUCUGGAUAUUACGGAAUAAACUGUAACGAGGAGUGCAGUUUACACUGUGGAUUUAAUGACACAUGCGAAAGAUACAACGGAUCUUGUCCAAGGGGAUGUCAAGAACCCUACACAGGGCCAAACUGCUUUAAAAUGACAGGAAACUGUCCACAAAGGACAGAUUCUAAAGAUUCUAUUCUUCCGAUUCCUUUGAUCUGGUUUCUAGGACUCAUCCUGUCAGUGGUACUGAAUUUGUGUUUUGUACUUAUAGCAAGUUUUAAGCACUUCAGGUAA